AUGGAGCAAUACUCACAAUACUUGAUGUUGGUUAAGAGCAACAACAGCAAUAUCCUUAUGAAUCCAUUUUCCAGCCAUUCAUGGGAAGAACAAGCGUUUGCAGAAGAUGGUCGAGGCCCUUUUGGGGGGUUCGUAUGGCCUCCAAGGUCUUAUUCUUGCAGCUUUUGUAAACGAGAGUUCAGGUCAGCUCAAGCACUAGGUGGUCACAUGAAUGUGCAUAGGAAAGAAAGAGCCAAGCUCAAGCACACCGUAAAUCUUACUAGUAGUGCUACUAUCUGUACAACUAAAAUGGCACCAAAGAACCAUAAUAAGCAAAAUCUUUGUAAAGAGUCUUUAGAUCCUGGUUUCUUUCCGUUAGCUCUUUCACCGUCUAGGGCUUCUUCAAUACCAGAAUUAGGUGAAGAAAGUUUUGAAACCAAUUCAGACACAAAGAGUUAUGUUUACGAUGAAGAUUUUGCUAUAGCUCAUGGCAAUGGUGAUGUUGAAACAAAUUUGGUCAUAGGGUUUGAGUUGGAUUCUUGUUCGAAUACUGGAUCUUGUUGCAAGAGACAGAAGACGGGUGUUACACCAACCAUCAUGGACGGGUUGGACCUAGAGUUGAGGCUAGCUCGCUAA